ACCUAGAUUGGAAGGCGCUGGGCUGGGAGCUCGAGAUCUGGGAGCGCGAGAGCUGGAUCUAGGCACAGGCAAGGCGCGCAAGCUGCAUGAAUCGAUUCUAGGGCUCUAGGGGGAGGAAAGGCGCGCAAAGAUGCCAGUGGCGGUGAGCGGCGCGUCGUCUUGUAGGGAUAGAACGUCGGAAUUCCAGGCGAUUGCCGAGAGAUUGAAACGGUCGCCGGCAUUCUCCGCGGCGAAUGGCUCCAUGGAGGGAUCAUCAUCGGCGAGAGCAGGAGGGCCUCUACAGCAGCAUCAAUCCAGCGGAUCCUUGCACUCGGAGUUUAAUCGCCGGGCCUCGCAGAUAGGGCUUAGCAUCCACCAAACAUCUAACAAGCUCCACAAGCUCACCCAAUUGGCGAAGAAGACGUCCAUUUUUGACGACCCAGCAGUCGAGAUCCAAGAGCUCACUGCUGUGAUCAGGCAAGAUAUCCAGGCAUUGAACAGCGCGAUCGAGGAUCUCCAGCGUGUUUGCGACGCUCGUAACGAGAUCAAUCGAAACAAGCAUAGCAGCGAUCACUCCACCACCGUCGUAGGAAAUCUCAAAACAAGGCUCAUGGACACAACCAAAGAAUUCAAGGAUGUCUUGACGUUGCGAAGCGAGAGUCUCAAAGUUCACGAAGAACGUAUGAAGAUCUACUCGACCUCGGCCGAGAAAGGAACAAGGCGCUUUGGCAAACAAGUUCCAGUGAACGGAGCCACAACGAGGGAGCUCUUCAAUUCAAGAGGUGUGACUGAUGGAAUGCCAAAGGCAACUCAUCUAAGGAGGCGGCCGGGUGGUGCUGAGAGCUCGACGUCUCAAGCCUCGAGUAGCAGCAUCUCCUCCUCGCAGUCUCAAACUCAAACGCAACAGCUCGUUCCAACUCAAGAUCACUACUUGCACAGCCGAGCCGAGGCGCUGCGAAACGUGGAGUCGACCAUUGCGGAGCUGGGAAACAUUUUCUCGCAGCUGGCGACGAUGGUUGCGGAGCAAGGCGAAGUUGCGAUCAGGAUCGAUGAAAACAUGGAUGAUACGCUAUCGAAUGUGGAUGCCGCGCAAGGCCAGCUUCUCAAGUACCUUAAUGGCAUCUCCUCCAACCGUUGGCUCAUCGUCAAGAUCUUCUUCGUGCUCCUGGUAUUCCUCUUGGUCUUCGUCUUCUUUGUAGCAUAACGAUCCAUCGAAGGCCUUGCAGAGCAUCCGUUUAAACGAGAGAAUCGAAAGAAAAAAUAAAACAUCCCCGUGUAUACUUCUAAGAUGUGUAGAUCUAGGCCGAAAUUUCCGAGAGCUUCUUCGCUAUCGAUCUUGCGAUUGUUUUGAGAAAGAAGAAAAUCUCUAUGGUCUUUACUUUGA